AAACAUCGUAAAUCAAGCAAAUGUCGCCCAGGAAAAGCUGAGAAAAAGGUUCUUUACCUGAUUGUUAAUUUUACGGCCGUCUGAAAUGAUUGUCUAUUAUUUGUCGGACGUGCACUUUACGGUUAGAGAGGUACCUUCUUAUGGGCAAUAAUUCCACGAAAAGUACUAUUAACCAAUUCGACUGUGGGCACGGGAUUUACAAACAAAAGCAAGAGGAUUCCAGGCAGUUUAGCUUUAGCCGUUGUAGUUUGAAGAGUUUUGCGAGUGUCAGCGGCCAGGGGUCUAUUUCAUGUAUAUCUAAAAACUGGAACAGAAUUUGCAGGGGAAGGUGGAACGAGUCAGUUACCUUACGGUGCGAAGCGAGCAAAACUGCUUGGCCGCUAAAACAAACCGAGGCUUGUUUCCAUCCAGAAUUUUCCACAGUACCAAGUCAUAACGCAGAAAGGUUUUCGCUGCUAUGCGAACUAAGUAAAGGAGCAUUCGGGGAGGUUUACAAGGUCAAAGACUCGGAGACCAAACGGAUAUAUGCUUUAAAAGUUCUCUCCAAGUCAAGGAUAAUUACCGAGAACGCAGUUGAGCAAGUGAAACAAGAGGUGCAGAUACAAAAGGCUUGCGGACAUCACUGUUUCAUCGCUGAAUGCCAUUUACAGUGGCAGACUAAGCACAAACUCUUCAUAGUUACGGAAUUUGUAGAAGAAGGCGAACUGUGGAAUCUAUUAGUCACCCACGGGAGUCUGCCCACUGCCCUAGUUAAACUUUAUGUCGCCCAGAUAGCGCUGGUUCUAGAUUUUCUCCAUAACGCCGGCGUGAUCUAUAGGGACUUGAAGCCGGAAAAUAUCCUCCUGGAUUCGGACGGCAACGUCAAAUUGAUCGAUUUCGGACUGUCCAAGUGGCUCGGCUACGGACGAUCGACCACCACCGUGUGCGGAACAGCUCGUUACAUGGCCCCCGAAAUUUUGUCCGGAAAGCCGUACGGGCACGCCGCCGAUUGGUGGAGUUUAGGAGUGCUGGCUUGCCUGAUGUUAACCACAAAGUUUCCUUCAUACGAGCAUCAAGGUAUCGAGUCAAACGACCAAGUGUCCUUGCCGGACGAUGUCGAGCUGGAGGCAGAGAGUAGAGAUCUGUUGCGGCGGCUUCUGGAGCCGGUUCCGAAUCAAAGAUUUCGAUCCGUGAGAGCUCUGUCAACGAUCGCGUUUUACAAGGGAUUCAAAUUCGACGAAGUCAUGGAGAAAAAGACGCGGCCGCGGGACCUUCUGGAGGAACAUUUCGGGAAGAAUUUUAACGAAAAAAGGCCGCCAAUAGAAGACGCUCCUUUCAAAGAUUUCGACGAGAAUUUUUUUGAAUAGUAAUUUUAUAAAUUUUAUAAUCUAAUUAGGAUAUUUUUUUUUUUCUUCUUCUUUUUGGCACUACAACUCUGGGUGAGUCUUGGCCGCAUACACUAUUGUCCUCCAGC